ACUUUUAAAAUAAUUGAAUAUUAAAUUAGUCCAUUUGACUUUAGUUACGCUGAAUUCAUGGAAUUGGAUAAGAAUAAUAAAAACUAUGAAAAAGAAUUAAAAAAGCUCAAUAUGAUGAUAGCUAGAUAAGAUAAAUUAUUUUAUAUUUCCUUGACUAUUUUAUUGAAUAUGGCAGAGGAUUAUUAAAUCGAAAAAAAGAUGAAAAACAGGAAAAUUGUAACAAUUUUAAUUAGAAUGUUAGAAAGAAACGAUUUCCAUUUAUUAAUAGUAACCCUUUUAUUUUUAAAAAAGCUUUCAAUAAUAAGAGAAAAUAAAAACUAAAUGCUCGAAGACGGUCUUGUGGAAAAGCUUGGAAGAUUCUUUACUUGUUAAAACAAUUUACUUUUAUAAUUAGCCUCAGGUCUAUUAAAAAACAUAGCCUUUGAUAAGAAUGUAAGAGAAUAAAUCGAAAAGGAAAACUAUAUUCCCAAAAUAAUCGAAUUAUUAAAAACUCCGAAUUUUAGGUUUACUUCUCUUGUACUUCUAUAUAUGCUUUCUUUAGACGAUAAAACUAGGAAUACAUUCUCCUAUACUGAAUGUAUUAAUCUAGUCGUAAAACUAAUUAUUCAUUUCCCAGAAUAGAGUGUAGGAAAGGAACUCGUAUCCUUAGCUAUUAAUUUAGCAGCCAAUUAAUAAAAUGCAGAUGUACUUUCCGAAGAAGAAUUAUAAGUAGUUAUUGAUAGAGCUAUUAAAAAUUAAGAUAUUUUGCUUUUUAAAUUUAUUAAGAAUAUAGCAAUAUAUGCCGAAGACGAAGAAGUACAUAAUUGCUUAUAAAAUAAUAUACCUAAGUUUAUAAAAUUGGGUCUAACUAAAAGCAAAAUUGAAGACUUAAAAUAUGAAAUAAUAGGAAUUUUAUCAAAUAUAAAGCAUAUGGGAGAUAAAUGGGUAAACUACUUGAAUAACUCAUUUAUUGAAUUUAUACAUAAUAAUCUAUCUGAUUAAGCUGUAGAAGAUGAUAUUAUUAUAGAAACAAUUUAACUAGCUUAAACUAUUUGUUAUUCGCCUUAAUGUGCUGAAACACUAGCAAAAAAUAAAUUAAUGAUUACUAUUGCCGGAUUGCUUUUAUCAAAAAUAGAUGAUGAAGAAUUUGUUGCUUAAAAUUUAUUUGCUUUAUAUUAAUUUUUGUAACAUAAAAUCGGAAUUUAAUUCAUUAUUGAAUAGGAUGAUAUUAUUUAAUUUUUAUUAAAUAAUAUUAGUGAUAGAAAUCCUGUUAUAUAAAAAGUUAAUGAUGAUGUUUUGGAUAUUAUAAGAGAAUAUUAACCAGAACUAUCUGAAAGAAUAAAAUAAAGAAAAUAUUAUGAAUUUAAUCGAGAAUGGAUAUAAAGUCUUGAUGGAUAUGAUUCAAAUGCUAUAGGAGCUGAUGGAUACGAAUUUGGAAAUGAUAUUAAAGGAUAAAAUUUCGGAUUUAAUGAACAUGAUGAUCAUGAUUUAGAUCCAAAAAUGUGGGAUUCCGAUACAGAAUUAUGA